AUGGCUGCAGAAUCAAGUUCACCAAUUAAUGUUCCAUCAUCACCUUUAACUGAUAUUAUGAACGGCUCUAUUGCAGGUGCAUUAGGUAAAAUAAUAGAAUAUCCAUUUGAUACUGUGAAGGUUAGACUUCAAACCCAGGGCGCUCAAAUCUUUCCAACUACAUGGUCAUGUAUCAAAUACACAUAUAAAAACGAGGGUAUAUUAAAAGGGUUCUUUCAAGGUAUCAGUUCUCCUAUAUUUGGGGCAGCUUUGGAGAAUGCUACUUUGUUUGUAGCUUACAACCAAACAUCGAAAUUGUUGGAAAGGAAUUUCUCGAAAAUUUCAGAAUUAAAUAACAUUUUAAUAUCUGGUGCUGUAGCAGGUUCAUGUGCAAGUUUUGUUCUGACUCCAGUUGAAUUAGUUAAAUGUAGAUUACAGAUUGCAAAUCUAAAUAAGAAUGUGACCAGUGGCCUUAAGAAUACCAAAAUAUCUGGUACCAUACUAUCUAUUCUAAGAGAAAGAGGUAUCCUUGGGCUAUGGCAAGGGCAAAGUAGUACUUUUAUCAGAGAAUCAUUUGGUGGUGUAGCAUGGUUUGCCACGUAUGAAAUAAUGAAGAAAACGUUGAAGGAAAGACAUGGUGAUGAAGAUAAUAAGACAUGGGAAUUGUUAUUCAGUGGUGCUAGUGCUGGUGUUGCAUUCAAUGCUAGUAUAUUCCCAGCUGACACUGUUAAGUCUGUGAUGCAAACAGAACAUAUUGGUUUAAGAAAUGCAAUUCUGAAGGUGUUCAAAACCAAAGGUAUUCCAGGGUUUUACCGUGGCCUCGGUAUCACUUUGAUAAGAGCCAUCCCUGCUAAUGCCACUGUAUUCUACACAUAUGAAACGCUGUCCAAGGCGACAUAG